AUGGCUUUCGAUAAAGUUUUAAAGAGCUCCUCUUACCACUCCCGUUUCCAAACUCCUUUCCGUAGAAGACAAGAAGGUAAAACCGAUUACUACCAAAGAAAGAGAUUGGUUACCCAACACAAGGCUAAAUACAACUCUCCAAAAUACAGAUUAGUUGUUAGAUUCACCAAGAAAGAUAUCAUUGCUCAAAUUGUUUCUUCUCAAAUCACUGGUGAUAUUGUUUUCACUGCUGCUUACUCUCAUGAAUUACCAAGAUACGGUAUUAAACAUGGUUUAACUAACUGGGCAGCUUCUUACGCUACUGGUUUAUUAGUUGCCAGAAGAGCCUUACAAAAAUUAGGUUUAGAUGAAACUUACCAAGGUGUUGAAGAAGUUGAAGGUGAAUACGAAUUAACCGAAGCUGUUGAAGAUGGCCCAAGACCAUUCAAAGUUUUCUUAGAUAUUGGUUUACAAAGAACUACCACUGGUGCUAAAAUCUUUGGUGUCUUAAAAGGUGCUUCUGACGGUGGUUUAUACGUUCCUCACUCUCCAAACAGAUUCCCAGGUUGGGAUAUGGAAUCCGAAGAAUUGGAUGCUGAAUUAUUAAGAAAAUACAUCUUCGGUGGUCACAUUGCUGAAUACAUGGAAGAAUUAAUGGAUGAUGAUGAAGAAAAAUACAGACAAGUCUUCAAAAACUACAUCGAUGAAGAAAUUGAAGUUGAAGAUAUUGAAGAACUUUACACCAACGCUCACGAAGCUAUCAGAGCUGACCCAGCUUUCAAACCAGCUGAAAAGAAAUUCACCAAAGAACAAUACAAAGCUCACGGUAAGAAAUUCAGACAAUUCAAACUCUCUAAAGCUGAAAGAGAUGCUAGAGUUGCUGAAAAAAUCGCUGCUUUCAAAGCUGAUAACUAA